AUGGUCUCAUGGGUUUUAUCCAUCCAUCCACAAAGUCUGCUACUUCCACGGUUUCCGGUCACUGAUUCCGUCAACUGUAAUUUGAAGCUCGUUGAUUGUAGCUCCACGAGUGUCCGACGAGGCGUAUCGGUUUCCGUUAAGAGAAACUCGCCGGCAAAGACUCACAAUUUCACUGAGACAAAUCGUCGAACACCUACCGGUCCUACGGUGCAAUCGAAACAUGAAUUCUGGGAAGAUCCAGACGAUGGCAGUGACAGUGAAGACGAAGACGAAGAAGGAGAUGAAGAAGACGGCAUCGGAAACGAUUUAAAUUACGAGAGUGAUUGGGAAGAAGAAGACUCCAGAGCCCGGAAACUAACUACAGACAACUACGAGGAAGAGCUUGCAAAAGAGGUUGAACAACUUCUUGGACCUGAAGAAAGAGCAAUUCUGCAGCAAAAUGAUAAACCAAACCUCAAGAUGAUGUCAACAAAGACGUGGAAGCCGCUUCAGACUCUUGCUCUGUCAAUGCAGAUUCAGUUGAUGGAUAAUCUCAUUGAAAAUGGACUAGACAUUGAUGAUUUGGACAAGGACAGCCAAACGGCUCUUCACAAAGCAGUCAUUGGUAAGAAAGAAGCAGUGAUUAGUCAUCUUUUGAGAAAAGGAGCAAAUCCGCAUAUUCAAGAUCGAGACGGUGCAGCUCCGCUUCACUAUGCAGUUCAAGUUGGAGCCUUGCAGACUGUAAAGCUACUGAUCAAGUACAAUGUAGACGUCAAUGUCACGGAUAAUGAAGGAUGGACUCCUUUACAUAUCGCUGUGCAAAGCCGGAAUCGAGACAUUGCAAAGAUCUUGCUGACAAAUGGUGCUGAUAGAACAAGAAGAACAAAGGAUGGGAAGUUAGCUUUGGACAUGGCUCUGUGCUUUGGAAGAGAUUUCAAGUCAUAUGAUCUUGUCAAGCUGUUGAAGAUCAUGCCCACUGGAGAUGAAAUAUAG